AUGUCCAACCAACCCACCAUCAACGAGCUUCUGGAACGCAACAAAGAGCUUGCAAAGACAUAUACCCCAAAGCCCACUAUCGCUGAAAUCAAGUCAGAAGGACACCCCUUGCCAAAAGUACUGGUUGUAACCUGCGGUGACCCUCGAUGCGUUCCUGAACAAUUCCUCGGAGCUACCGCUGGUGAAAUCGCCGUCUUUCGCAAUGUGUGUGGCCAUGUCGCCGCUGAGAUUCCUUUUAUCCUCUAUAUGGAUUUGAUACUUCACUUUGACGAAGUCAUGGUUGUUCAUCACACAGAUUGUGGUGCAUUCCAGUUUGACGAUGCCACGGUUCGGAAGGUGCUCAAAGUCCGAGCACCGGAGCAUGCAGCAAAAGUAGAUGAGUAUACGGAGUUCGGUGUCAUCACAGAUCUCGACCAAAGUAUCAAGGAAGAUAUUGCCGCGCUUAAGUCUUCUCCUCUGAUGAGAAAAGAACUUGUUAGCGAAAUACGCGGCUUUGCAUUUGACAUCAAAACCGGUCUGCUUCGAGAAGUAGAAGCCUGA